AUGGGAUUGAAAAGUGUGGUGACUGGCAUUGUAAAUCCUUAUCAAGUUGCAGAGAAAUCGUGCAGUCCCGUAGUACUUGAAGAACGACGUAUUAGAUGUGCCUGUCCAUCUGUACAAGUGUUCAAAAAAUGCAUCAAACACAACUUUUUAGCUGUUCAACGUAUUCAUUACAAACUUGAUCGUAAACUGAAUAACUGUAAAAUGUAUAAAACAAAGGAGCUUAAGAAACUGACGUGUUCUAAACCUCAAUUAAUCCAAACUCCUUGUGGUAGUAAACUAGAAAACUACGAACAAUCUGAGGUGACAAAACUAUGGUAUGCGGAUCAGUGUAAAUGUCUACUUAAAGUCAUUAAGAAAAAGUGGGUUUGCAAUUGUCAAGCACGUUAUCCAAAACAAGUGAUCAAGAAAUGUCUACCAAAUGGUAAUCAAAUUCUUACUUUAACAACAAUAUGGCAUAAUGAGGGAAGGAAGUGUGUAAAUAGAACAGAAAAACAACUAGACGACAUCAAGUGCCCAAUGAACCUGAAAAUCGUCAAAGGUAAAUGUGACAGAAGUAAGACAGGACGUCUACCACUGACCUAUCUGCAACAACGUCCUAAACAUUGUCAGUGUGUUUGGCAAAGACUCAAAGACGUUGAAGUGAAGAAUCUUAAAUUAAAAUCAUCUGAAGCAUGUCGAUGUCAUCGCAAUUUCAUGGUUAAACGAUGUCAAUCAGCUGAUGGCAAUAAACCAGCUUAUUUAGUCCGAAUGUACUUUAAAUACCUCAUUCAACAAGGUGAAUGUCAUAUUUAUCGCAAAACUGAAAAGAAACCAGUAGUCUGUAAACUAGGCAGUCAAAUAAAAAAAUCAAAAUGUAACCCAAUAACCAACGAACACGUUGAAUCUAGAAUUGACACAUAUUUAGACGGUUGUCAGUGUCAUCGGAAAUUAGUUAAACGUCGUUGUCAGUGUAAUUGUCCGAAACCAAAGAACAAUUCCGUUUGUCAAAGUCGAGAUGGCUUAUUACGGAGAAUUAAAGUAGUUCAUGAAUUUGGAGAAGAUCAGUGUACCUGCAAAGCAAAAUACUACGUACAAUCCUCACGUGUUCAAUGCAAUGAACCACCCAAAUUGAUAAAAAUUGGGAAAUGUCAUAAACUGCCACAAAACGAAUCAGAAUACAUGCAAAAGAAUGAUCUCUAUAGAAAUGUAUUCUGGUCGCAGUUACACCGAGUGGGAUGUCAGUGUCAGCAUAAACGAUAUAUGGAACAAAUACCGUGCUACUGCUCACCCGAUGUAAAAGAAGAGAAAUACUGCAUCGCUGACAAGAUAAUAGAAAUUCGGAAAACUGAAAGAAAAUUGAGUGAAGAUAAAAAAAGAUGCAUACGGGUGGUUAUUUCAAAAGUUCGCCAUCCUAUAUAUCUAGAAAAACCUAUAUACGAUAAAAGAUGUAAUCUUAAAACUGGUAUUGAAACAAUAAUUCAAAAGUUACCACUCGUUGAAAACUGUAAACGACGUUACCGUGUGAAUGUAAGACACCGUAAAUGCAAAUGCAAAACUCAGCCCCGGUUAAUCCGUCAAUCCAAUUGUUCACCAAGCUGCAAAGUACAGUACAUGUGGAUAAUGGAAAGAUCGACUUCGGAUGGUAAAUGCAAAUAUUAUUAUCGCGUCAGACAGAGGGACUGUUGUUGUCCACCUGAAACUAAUUUAGGCACUUUCUGUAAUCGCUCUAAUGGUGUACUUGAUACUGGAUAUCGAAACUUUAAUCUGAUCAAUGGGAGAUGUGUGCCUAAGGACAGAUUCGUUGGGAAACAAAUUGUUUGUAAACGAAAUGAACGAAUUGUUCGACAUCAACAACCAAACGGUUGGGUAAGGAUUGAAAAACAGUUCUACGUACGUGACGGAUGUAGCUGUGUUCAAAAACUUGCUGUAGACUAUGACAAAUGGAACUGUCCUCCACCGGUAAUGAAACGACGAUGUAUACAAGCCAGUAAUGAACAAUUCAUCCUUGAAACUAUUUCAACCAAGUGGGAAUUAUCGGAUAGCAAGCCAAUAUGUUCACGUCUAGACACAGUUAUUGACCGAGUUCCCAUUGACUGUUCUGAGGAAUAUGUGAAUAAGUCCGACAAAUGUGCAUUUAAUCUAGGUCGACACGCCUUGGUUCGUAUUGAUCAAGUGACUUCAUUUUACGCUGAUGGUUGCCGAUGUAUUGAAAAUAAUGUACGUCAAGUAUUCACCGUUUGCAAAUGCUUACGUCCACAUCAAGAAAAAUCUUGCCUUCAUUCAGAAGGUGUUUUAAUUCACCAAAAUGUUCAUUAUGAAGUCUCUGGAGAUAAAUCACGUUGUAUACCACGUCGAACACGCAAUAUAUUUAAAGUCACAUGUUCACCAGUUGGUCCGCAAUAUAAAGGCAGAACACAAUGUGAUCCUAAAACGGGUAACUUUUACCAUCUGUAUGAAGAGAGUAAACGUGUUGGGUGUCAGUGUGUGAAAAGUGAAUUACGUGUUCCUGCAAGAUGUAAAUGUCCUGAACCUUAUACUCAAAUUAGAUGUUCAACAAAUAACGUUCAACAGUUGAAUACAACAACAUAUAAAUUGAGUUCAAAAGGAACGUGUAUUAAAUCUGAAAGAUUACACUAUAAGUUUAUAAAAUGUCAAAUACCAGAAGAAAUUCUCCAAGAAUCACCAAAUUAUGAAGUUGUACAAAACGAAUAUAGUGUAAGGCACUUACAUAAGUGCGGUUCUGCUGGAAAAUGUUCACGCAUUAUUCGUGAAUAUAAAGUUCACACAAAUCAACGGUGUAACUGCAUCGUUCAAAAACAACAGUACAAAGAGGCAUGUUGUUGUCCAACAGAACAAGAUCUGAAUCAGUUUUAUCCAGGAACUAAUUCAUCACAACCUAUGUUGUUUAGUAAACAAUGCGAUGCAGAUAAAGGUUUAAUAUUGAGUAAUACAAUUAAAUGGAAUCUUGAACAUGGCCAAUGUUGGCCAGUUGUGUACAAGACUAUUCAACCUAUUGUUUGCGAUGGAAAAGAAUUUUUGAGACCAGUCAGCUUUUGUCGUGCAGGACAACAGAAGCAUAUACAUCAACGUGAGAUACGAAAAGGAUGUGGCUGUAAGGCGAAUAAACGUGUUGUCACAAUACCAUGUUCUUGUGAUCCACUUGGCAGUACCGAUGUAGUAUUUCUAGUAGAUGAAUCUAUGGAGAGUAAACAAGUUGACUAUUCACAAUAUGUUCAUAAGAUAAUAAAGCAUACAGUAAAUAUCUUCUAUGAAUCAUCUCAGUCAGCCAAUUUGGAUGAGUUGUUCCGGUUUUGUAUAGUCAAGUAUUCAUUGAAAACUAAGAUUGUUUCCGGUUUAAAAAGUUACAGUGAACUUUAUGAGUUAUAUGCUGAAAUAAAGAAACUGACAUUGAAUAAUGGGCAGCAAUCAGAUUUGAAAUUGGCUUUGCGAUUUUUAAUGAGUCGGAUUAUCCCUCAAACACGUCCUGGAGCUUCAUUGAUUAUCUAUAUAAUCACUGACGGUGCUAGGAAUCAAUUGCCAGCUGCUAAAAAAUUGUCUGAUUAUCUAAAGACACACAAUGUUCAAAUAAAUGUCUUACUACUUAUAUCAGAUCGAGUUUACGAUGUUCAAUUUUUCAAGCAGUUAGUUUCACCACCAAGUGCAAUUCAUUUAGUUGAAUUGAAAAGGAAUUCGGAUCAAUUAUCACGCAACCUCAGUCGAAUAGCAGAUACAAUUUGUAAGAAAUCUUGUCCAUUAAAUUACAAGAAGGAAACUUCCUGCUCAUAUGGCACAAAUUGUGUUGGACGUACUUACACUUUUAUGUAUCGCUUUGAUUCGGUUAAAGGUCAUUGUGUUGGAAAAACAAUUGUGAAACGCAAACGAUGCUGUUGCAUGCAAGUGGUUCAACGAAAAAGGAUAUGUGAGAAUAAUCAUUUAAUCCACUAUACAACAAACUGGCAGCUAACAUCAAAAGGUUUUUGUAAACAAUAUAUAACUCGAAGAGAUGUCACUGGACUAGCUAUCAGUCAAUAUUCUGAUGUUAUCACUUGUUUGUUCGUAUUUUAUUUUUACUUGGCUCGAUUGGCUCCUCCUAAUGAUUGGUUACCGUUUGGUAUUUUGGAUACUGUCGUCAACUGUAUUGUGUGA